AUGACUUCAGAGCCGCACAGGCCCCCACGCGCCGCUGGGCGAGAAAAGAAGGAAGAGGACAGGAAGCCCGGGUCCCCUCGUCCUGGCAAAAAAGGGGCGCCUAGAGCGCAGAGCCCCCCGCCCCCGGGAUGCCCAGAAGGGGCCGGGCUCAAACAGACCCCAGUGUCAGGCGAGGUCACGGAAGGUAAAGGGCACGGCAGUGUGGACUGCCUCACUCCCCACAGGCACCAGACCCCACCCUCCCGGCGGGGGGGGGCGGUGCAAGGGCAAGGUGGCGAGUGCCGGCCGUCCAGACCAAUCAAAGGGGGUUCCCGGAACUCGGGAACGGCGGUGGGAAGCCCCGCCCCCGAGCGUGACCGUCAUGAGGAAGGCGCUCGCUCAUUGGCGCGCUGGGGCUUUUCCCGCGUGCUCCCGGGGCUGAAGGACGUUCCCGGGGAAGCCGCUGCCGGCGCGUGGGGGUCCCGGGGGCUGUGGAAGACGCGCCGGGAUCUCGGGGAUCCCGCGGCCCGGCGCGCCCGGGGAGCGAACGUGGGGGUUGCGCCGCGGCGAGGCGCCGAGGCGAUGAGGCCGCCGCUCCCGGGCCCCAGAGCCACGAAUCCGGGCGUCGCUGCCUACCGCGGGGGAGGGGCGCGCGUCCCGUCAGGCCCCGCCUCUCAGGACGGUCCCGCCCUUUCCCGCCCGGCUGGCUCCGCCCCCAGGCAGGCCCCGCCCUCCCGGCCAGCGCCACGUCCCCACAGCCGCCUGCGCCCGCCUUCCGCUCCCGCCCCCGUGUGCUCCGUUGUCCCCUUUUCCAGCGGCUUAAAAUACUGA